CUGCACCUCCUUCAUUGUCUGAGUGAAUUCAGCAGGAGUGGAUCCGUCGCUCGGUUCAAUGUAAUCCCGUCUCUCCCCGGCUCACUCACUCAGUCGUCCGCCAUGGCGACCGCAGGAAGCGUCCUGAUCGCUGCGAGCUGUGUCUAAAACUCAUCUGGGAUUCAUUUUCCCCCAAUUUUUUCCGGACGUGGAUGUAGUCUUCCCCUUCAGCUGGGAAAUACUUUCGUGUGGACAAGCCCGCAUUUCGAGACACGGGGGCUGAGCAGUGAGCAGUGCAGCACACCAUGGCAGAGCCAGACCCAGACACAAUCUUCUCUGGCGCAGGGCAGCGCCUCGGAGCUCCGGAGACCCUUGGCAUCAGUACGUUAGAUCCCGGGCACAGACCUCCGGCCAUGCCCCCCGGACGACACGUCACCGUCAGGGUCCGUAUGCUGGAUGACACAGAGGAGCUUUUCGACAUCUCGCAAAAAGCCUCAGGCAAGGUGCUGUUUGACCUCGUGUGCUCCCACAUGAAUCUCAUUGAGGGUGACUACUUUGGCUUGGAGUUUCAGAACCAACAAAAGAUGAUGGUUUGGUUGGACCAUAUCAAACCCAUUAUCAAGCAGCUCAGGCGGCCGAAACACACAAUCCUGAGGUUUUCUGUGAAGUUUUUCCCCCCUGACCACGCCCAGCUACUGGAGGAGCUGACGAGGUACCUGUUUGCCCUCCAGAUCAAACAGGACCUUUUCUGUGGACGUCUGACUUGCAACGACACCAGCGCCGCUCUGAUGGUCUCCUACAUUAUACAAUCUGAGAUCGGAGACUUUGAGGAGAGCCAGUGCCGGUCACACCUCCUCAACAACAACUACAUCCCAGAUCAAAUGCCCCUCAUUGACAAAAUCAUGGAGUUUCACUCAAAGAAUAUUGGUCAGACACCAGCAGAAUCAGACUGCCAUUUGUUAGAAGUUGCUCGCAGGCUGGAGAUGUACGGGAUUCGGCUCCAUCCUGCCAAGGAUCGCGAGGGAACAAAGUUAAGCCUGACUGUGGCGCACACGGGUGUCCUGGUCUUCCAGGGACACACAAAGAUUAACGCCUUCAACUGGUCUAAAGUUCGAAAACUGAGCUUCAAGAGAAAACGCUUCCUCAUUAAGCUGAGGCCGGAUCUAAAUAGUUCAUAUCAGGACACUCUGGAGUUUUUAAUGCCAAGCAGGGACUGCUGUAAAGUCUUCUGGAAGAUCUGUGUUGAAUAUCACGCCUUCUUCCGCCUAUUUGAGGAACCUAAGCCCAAGCCCAAGCCGGUACUCUUCUCACGAGGCUCCUCCUUUAGAUUCAGCGGUCGCACGCAGAAGCAGGUGAUUGAAUAUGUGAAAGAGUCUGAAUUUAAAAAGAUCCCGUUUGAAAGGAAACACAGUCGUGUUCAGUACAGCAGUCGGGUCCAACACAACAGUCGCCUGUCACCAUUGCCUUCUCCAAGCCACCGUGAAGUGCCAACAGAUAGUGGUGCUCCUGGGGACAGAAUUGAUUCUCCUCGGCGUCAUUGGAAGGAGUCGGUCCUGGUGAGUGCAGAAGACCCGGCAGCUUCGCGGGCGAGGAUGAGCCCCUCGCAUCAGAGAAAUGGCCACGAAGAGAGAACGGGGUCUGUAUCCAGGACAGAGGAGACGAGGAGCCCAACACGACAGACCCACCCCGAACAUCUGAAUACAGGUGUGGUUUCCAACAGUCCUCACCUGUCCGCGUCCUCUGGACACUCCCACGGGAUGGUCAACGGUCAGAAGUCGCUGGAUCUGUGCAGUCACAGUCCCGACGGCCGGCUGCCUUCCCCGCUCACCAGCCCAUUGCUCAACGACGCCUGCAGCGUUCGCACUGAUGAUGAAGACGAGGUUCGAAGGAAGAGGUUCCCAACAGAUCGAGCCUACUUCAUCGCCAAGGAGCUGCUGACAACAGAACGGACGUAUGUGAAGGACCUCGAGGUGGUGACUGUGUCUUUCCAGAGUGCCGUGGGACAAGAUGAGGCAACUCCGGACUCCCUGAAGGACGCCAUCUUCUCCACCUUUGAGCCUCUGCACAAGUUCCACACAGGUUUUCUCAGGGAGGUGGAGCAGAGGCUGGCACUGUGGGAAGGACGCUCUAACGCACACAUUAAGGGAGACUACCAGCGCAUUGGAGAUGUCCUGUUGAAGAACCUUCAGGGUUUGAAGCCCCUGACAGCAAACCUGAGUAAGCAGUCUGAAAUCCUGCUGGAGCUUGAGAAGGCGUGCAAGGCGUCCCGAAGGUUGGAGGGUCUCUGCAGAGACUUCGAGCUGCAAAAGGUCUGCUACAUUCCCCUCAACGUCUUUAUUCUGCGGCCUUUGCACCGCCUCAUUCACUACAAGCAGAUCCUGGAGCGCCUGUGCAAACAUUACCCAGCUACUCAUGUGGACUUCAGGGAUUGCAGAGCUGCUCUAGCUGAUGUGUCUGAGGUGGUGGACCAGCUUCAGGGAAGCCUAAUCAAGAUGGAGAACUUGCAGAAACUUCUGGAGCUGAAGAAGGAUUUGAUUGGCGUCGACAAUCUCGUUGUUCCUGGUCGGGAGUUCAUCAGGUUGGGCUGCCUCAGUAAACUGUCUGGAAAAGGGCUGCAGCAGCGAAUGUUUUUCCUGUUUGAUGACAUCAUUUUAUACACAAGUCGAGGGAUGACGGCGACAAAUCAGUUCAAAGUGCACGGGCAGCUGCCGCUCCAUGGCAUGACAAUCAGAGAGAGUGAGGAUGAGUGGGGUGUACCUCAUGCCUUCACAUUGGUUGGGCAACGGCAGUCCGUAGUAGUAGCAGCUAGUUCUUUGGUAGAGAUGGACAAGUGGAUGGAGGACGUAAAGAUGGCGAUAGAAAUGGCAAAAACCAGCAACGGGCCUUCAUCUGAGCUGCUGACCAGCAGCCUGACAGACAACAAAUGCCCAGAGGACUCCUCGGUGGAGGCAGAGUCCGAGGACGACAUGACAGCUCCCCACGUGUCAUUGGAGAAGCCCACGCCUCACCGUGGUAACACCAUGGUGCACGUGUGCUGGCACAGGAACACCAGCGUGUCAAUGGUGGACUUUAGCAUAGCCGUGGAGAAUCAGCUAUCAGGAAACUUACUAAGGAAGUUUAAGAACAGCAACGGCUGGCAGAAGCUCUGGGUUGUCUUCACCAACUUCAGCCUGUUUUUCUACAAGUCUCACCAGGAUGAUUACCCAUUGGCCAGCCUUCCACUGCUCGGUUACUCGGUCACCGUCCCCUCUGAGUCCGAAAACAUCCACAAGGACUAUGUCUUCAAGCUGCAUUUCAAGUCCCACGUCUACUACUUCCGAUCAGAGAGUGAAUACACAUUCGAGAGGUGGAUGGAGGUCAUCCGCAGCGCUACUGUCCCCUCAAGUCGAGCUCGUGGUCUGAACGGCAAAGAGACCCACGCUUAAUGAGUUGGCUCACCUAGUUUCCAUACCCUUUCUCCUUCGGGUGGCAUCCGCCCGUCCUGUCCCACUCCGGACUCUUUGCUUUUCUUUUCUACGCAUAUCUGGGACAUUUGUACAUGUGUCCAUGCACAUUUGGUGCUUUUUAAUGCUUUAAUGGUGACAUGUCCGCUGGUUUAGACUGCAUCAGAGACUGCAUUUUUGGCAUUUUUACUCUCAACUCUGAAACCUCUUUUUAAGGAUGUCAUUUUAUACUGUUUUCUAAUGGUCUGAACCACUUCCUCUAUUUCUGGUUUUACAUGUUUGUCAUCGGUUGUUUUUAAAUGCAGGAACACAUUGAUACUAGAUAUUCAGUAUUCUUUCUUAGAUAGUUAAACUCUCACUGCAUUGUCAUAAACAUUUUGUCUACAUGUUCAUUCUAUGGAAAACGGUCACCCUUUAACAGCUGAUGCUCUGAUCACACUUGGCCCAGCAGAAAAAGAAGGAAAUGAAAUUAUUUUGUCGUAUUAUUGACGUAAACCUCGACAUUGUGGCCAGCGGUGGCUGCCAUCACCACUGAUGCCGUUUUAAGUGAAGUAAAUGUUCUAUUUGCUGAAAUUUGUUGUAUGAUUCCAAUCACAGAGUUCUGCUUUUUUAUAUAUAUAUGCAUAUAUAUAAAUUAACUCUGAAGUUCCCAUUCAGUUGUGUGAGAAAAUGUGAGAUGUGCUCAUAAUCGCUGCGUUAUGAUGGCAAGUGUAAUUGAAAGCUUUAAGGAUUAUGUGCAAAACAAAACAGAAACUUUCAGUUCCAAGCGACGUUGCCCUCACAAAACUAGGCUGCCUCCCCAUAUAAACACAGAUCUGUUUAUGGGUCUGAAUGAAUGGAAAUAUGCAUUUGACAGGGUUUUGCAGUGAAGUAUAUGAGAUGGAAAACCUCAGUUCUGCCUAGAAUUGCAGCGUUUUUUCCAGACAGCAGAGAGCUCUUUGGAAAUGAAAGCAAUAAAAAAAAAAAAACAUACUCAAA